AUGGAUGUGCAGACUGCCUUGAAGGCUGCUCUGAAAUCCGCUCACUACGCCGAUGGUCUUGCCCGUGGACUUCAUGAGGCUGCCAAGGCCCUUGACAAGCGUGAGGCUCAUUUCGCCGUGCUCGCCGAGAACUGCGAUGAGCCCAUGUUCGUCAAGCUCGUCGAGGGACUCUGCAAGGAACACCAGAUUCCUCUGAUGAAGGUCGCCGACAAGAAGCUCCUCGGUGAAUGGGUCGGACAGUGCAAGUACGACAAAGAAGGAAAGGCUCGCAAGGUUGUCGGUUGCUCGUGCGCCGUCGUCCGGGACUAUGGCACGGAGGAGCAGGCCAAGGCUGUGCUCCAACACUACUUCGAUUCCAAGAAGGCC